AUGCCUUCCGCAAACAAAGGAAAGGGAAAAGGCCGUGACGUCCGACCAUCGCGAAGCCGCAACACCACCCCCAGCUCCAGUUUCAGUACAGCGCCAACGGCCACUUCCGCUCCUAUUUCUAGCUACCUUGAGAACGAUGCUUCAAAGCUGCUCAUUCCAGCGCCCAUCCAAUAUGCAGAGAUCCUGGAGCGCAUGGGCGGAGUGGGCCCUAUUCCGGAUUCGAAGUCCUUAGAGGCGUUGAUGGAACAUUUGAAGGCACUAAGCCAAAUUGCGGAGGCUCGUGGCGAUGCGUGCAAUGCAGGAAUCAGAGAAUUGUCACAGAAGCGCAAGGAAGUGGUCGAUGAUUCCGAUAUAUUUGAAGCAGCGGAUCGAAAGAUGAAGCGCGAAGUGGAUGACGAGGAGGAAGAUAGCAAAGCGUUCAAAACUGGGAAAUUAAAGAAGCGAAAAGAGCGCGGCAGCAGCUUAAAGGAGGAACGUCCAUUGGCUCAUGGGGCUCAUGAAGUUUCUCGUCAGGAUGGUGCUGAAACCAAGGUUGAAGGUGCCGCCUCACCAGCGUCUAAAAAGUCUAAGAAGGCAGUGUCAGAAGAUAUCUCGUCGCUUUCUCCUCCGUCAUUAACCCCCCCCCGCCCGGCUGGUGCCGGUAACGAUGCUACGGAUGCAGGCUCUCCAAUAUCUGAUGAUAUCUCGGACUCGCAUCAGCCUGAGCCCGCACCCGCCGUCCCUCAAGUUCAAGUGUUCGGCCCUAAUCCGCUCAAGUUUGAUGACCCGACAAUAUACCAUAUUCGAGAUAUUACGCCACACAUGACAGAUGAUGAAAAGAGGGAGGUUUAUUGUGUCAACCGCUUUCCAUGGAGUGACUUGCGUCACUUGAUGGCUGGGACCCCUCCUGACCGCGAUUUCAGCAAUUCGAAACCUACUAAUCAAGUAAAUGCCAACACGUUUCUUGCAUAUAUUGAUCCUUAUGUCCGCCCUAUGACAGAAGAAGACAUGGCUUUUCUCAAAGAAAAGGGCGACCGAGCAACCCCCUUCAUUAUGCCAAGGCGGGGAAAGAAGCAUUACAACGAUGUUUGGGCGGAGGAAGAUGGCAUGAUGAGCAUUGACCAGACUAAUGGUGAUCAGAACCGUCUACCGCUGAAUCAAGGUCGCGGGAAUAUCGAUCAAAUCACGGACGAUACUGUGGAGACGGAUAAAAUCUCAGUUGGUCCACUAGUCAGCCGCCUAUACUCGCUGCUACGAUAUGAGCAUCGUGCACCCCACGAUGAAGGCACUACGAACGGUAAUCUUAACGGAGACAUGUCAAUGAAUGGCCUAAACGGAGACUCAAUGGACAUUGAUCAUCCCGCUGGAGAGACGGACUCCAAGUCACUACCAUCUGCAACUAAUUUUCCCGAUGCAUCGCCUAACGGAUUCAAGGUCCCUGCUGCCAAGCUUGAUCAUUCCCAGCUAGACGAACGAUUAAAAGCCGAGCUCCGCCAUGUUGGAUUUCUCGGUGCAGAUGAUAACCCAGAUUACGAUGCUCACUACGACGACGACAUCGCACAGCGACUGCGUCUCUUGCAGAGCGAAUUAAAGAAGCAAAUGAUCCUCAACAGUGCACGGAAAUCUCGAUUACUGGAAAUUGCCCGCGAGCGCAUGGCCUAUCAAGAGUACAUGACUAUCCAUGAUGACCUCGACUCGCAAGUUCAACAAGCUUAUCUCAAGCGAACUCGAACCCUAGGCAAAAGCAAGAAAGGCUCCCAAGCCAAACACCGACCUGGCGGGGCCGGUGGUGGUAGUCACCUCGUCGGCUCUGCUGGCGUUGGCCGGCCCGCCAUCGGAGACGUUGCCCGAACACUGAUGGACCGACGCAAACGCUGGCGUGACUGCAUCGGGCCUGUGUUCAAGGACUGUAAAACAACAGUACCGGCUAAUGACGACACAGUCUUUGACGCAUCCCUCAUGUCCGAGUAUGAAAAGGCAGAGCUUGAAGGAUGGGAUGAGGAUCAGGAGUAA